UUACCGUUGUUAUUGUGAUCAACAGCACUUUCAUGAGUUUCCACAACUACUUACUGAAAACACUCACAACAGACAAUUCAGUUCGACUGCAAARAAUCGAAAGCUUUYSAASUCCAAGUAUARAACAGUGAACGUCCACAACAGGAUGAGUUGUGUUCAUCAGUGUACUCGUAUGGCAGACUCGUGUACAUCUGUUAACUUUAAGAAACAACCAACGAACGGGCUUCAYUCGUGUCAACUGAUGACUAGUGAUAUGUACGGCCAACCUGACGCCUUGCAACACGAUCAGGAGUUUGACCACACCACAUUGCAGCUGCCGACGUUUCCRAGCUGCCAUGAAAUUCGACAAAACAGGGGAACAGUUAAUGGAGUGUACAGUAUCACUCCUAGUCCUUCUCACCCAAUUCAAGUCUACUGUGACAUGGUAACCAGUGGAGGAGGAUGGACUGUCAUCCAGAAACGAAUAGACGGCUCGGUCGAUUUUUACCGUAACUGGGCUGACUAUAAAAGGGGGUUUGGGAAUAAGCUUGGAGAGUACUGGUUGGGACUGGAUAAUAUCCACAGGAUGACGUCACAGAGGAGUUACCGCCUGCGAGUUGACAUGGAGGACUUCGAGGGAAACACGCGAUAUGCUGAAUAUGGAUUGUUUAAGGUGGCUGAUGAGAGUGUUAAUUACCGUCUAACUGUUGGACAGUACACAGGCACAGCUGGUGAUUCUUUGUCUCUUCAUUCUAAUAUGCAGUUUUCUACCAAAGACCGUGAUAACGAUGCUUCUUCUUCGAGAGACUGCGCCAAUGAAUAUCCAAGUGGAUGGUGGCACACAAGCUGUCACUUCUGCAACCUCAAUGGUUUAUACCUCAAUGGUGCUGGUAGUGCGUUCGGUAAGGGAAUAACAUGGUUUCUUUGGAAAAGGUUACACACCUAUUCUAUGAAAAGAAUGGAGUUGAAAAUAAGACCGAAGGAAUAAACUGCUUCUAGAUGCUGUCUCCGAAGAAGGAAUCGAAGCAUAAUAAUUCAGGAACCUAUAUAGCUAUAUCUUCUGGAACGUUCAUGUUGAUUAAUUUAGCGGGCACGGAAGUUAGGUUUCGUGUCAAAAUAUUUUUCUGUUAAUACUCUUAACUGAUCACGGGUUAACUUACAAAGUUUGUCUUUGUCUAAGCAAUAGUAUGGACCGCUCAAUCAACUGAUUUUGAAAUCAUGAUCACGCUUACAACGUUUACAAGUCAGUUCUUUUGUCUAUAGCUAUACUUCUUCCACUGUUUUUUCAAUAGUA